GUGACGGUCACAUGAUCAUGUGAUAAUAAUACAACUAUUUACGUGCACUGACACGUAAACAAGCCGAGCACGAUCGGACAUUUCCGCUGAAAAUGACUUCUUUGCAGUUACGGAAAGGGGCGAGGUUGGCCGAUUGGUAACCGACAUCGUACUUGCAGUUCAAUACAGGCUGCAAAACAUCAUGAUACGGAAAUAGUGUCGUUAGUAGUGAGAGGCAGCAACAAUCCACUUUGAACAUUGUGUUGAAUGGGGUCGUUAAAUUCCUGUGUCGAUCAAGGCUGAAUGUCAAAGCGACCGUGCAGCAACUCAAGGAAAACACAGCGAGAUGCCUUCUACGAGUGAUGCAGAAGCCUUGUCCGAGGUACUGAUCUCACUCAUAAAGAAGGAAGCUAAGGAGAAGAAACGUGUCAUCAGCACUCUGUCCGCCUUGGCUGAUGAACUCGAUAAACAUUCCUUCAACACCAGAAUUGCCAAUUUGACGUUUGCUUCAACUGGGAUCGUAGCCACUGGUCUCACAGUUGCCGGUCUCAUUGCGGCACCGUUCACCUUCGGAGCAUCACUGGGUUUAACUGUCGGGGGUGUGGCGCUGGGGAUCACCAGCGCUGUAGGGGCUGUGGGCACCACCGUCGUGGGUAGAAUCAUUCAGAGUAACGCUUUCAAGGAUGCCAGUGCUGCCAGAGAGGAUUACACAGAGACAACCAACAUGCUAUUGCAAAUAACUAAAGUUUUGAAUGAUGACAAGGAGCUGCUGCAGAAAGUCCUUAAGAACAUGGACUUUAAAACUGGUGUUAAUACAACAGAGGUCGCCAAACUGACGGCGUUGGGUGUGGCUGGAAUAGGCGGCGGAGCGAUGAGACUAGCAGCUGUUGUCUCGGCCAUUGCUGCGAGAGGAGUCAUUUCUGCGACCACCAGAACCGUAGCUAGUGUUUUGAAGACAGGGUUCCUGGCUGCAAAGAUAGGGGGCGCUGUCUUGUCUGCUCUAACCCUGCCUCUUGAUAUCUACACUAUAGUCACUAACAGUAUGGAUAUCCACAGGAAAACUCCGGGAGAAGGUGCUAGUGAGCUUCGGGAUGCUGUAAAGAAGCUGAUGAAAGCAGAUCUCACUAUUGAUGAGAGUCAAGAAAAAGAUCUCAUCACACUGAUGAAGGAGAACAGAGACCUGACGGCCCAGUUUGUGUGUGUGGUGUGUUUCCAGGACGAGCGGGACGUGGUAUUCCUGCCUUGUGGCCACGUGGUCAGCUGCCAAGUGUGUUACAACGUGGGAGGCUUUUUAAAAUGUCCAGUGUGUAAUACAGUCAUUGAAAGAGACAUUAUUUCGAAAAAGGAUCAUGACUCGGACAUAUCAACUUAUUUGAAGGAGGUUGAUGAUGCUGACACCAAGGAGCAGCUGGUCCAGAUGAAUCGCAAGUUGAAGCUUCAGCGUCGGUGCAUGGUGUGUCACUUGAGAGAGAGCAACGUCCUCUUCCUGCCCUGCAACCACAUCAUGGCCUGCAGCGACUGCUCCGACACGUUGACAUGCUGCCGGGUGUGCGACACACCUGUCAACGACAAGGAAAGGAUAUAUGCCUGUUAAAUGGCUGAGAGAUGAACAGUUACCACAACUGGAAUUUGGCUGUGCUUUUAGACAUUUCGCAGUUGUAUUCAGAGACAGAAGACUACUAUGAUGUACCACUUUAGAAACCAAGUUGUAUAUGUGCCGAUACUUGGGGGACUACUUUUUUGCCCCCCAAAGGGAGGAGAGACCUAUUGUUUUUGGCUUUGGAAUCCUAUUCUAUCCCAUAACUUUAAAAUCGUUCACACUGAUGAAUAUUUUGGCAUGAAACACAUACACAUAUGCAAUGACCAUAUGUACAACUAUUGUCUUUUCAUAUUUUUCAAUUAUUUUUUUAAUAUCUUGUGUUUCCAUGGAAACAAUUUCGACUGAGUCUGCAACAUGCAGCAUUUGUUUCCUGCCAAAACUCAAAAGCUUAUAAAUAUUUCUGUGUGAAGCCAUAAUCUUUCCUGGCUAUAAUUUAUGUGUAUGCAUUAUCAUCACCUGAAUUGGCGCCUUUUGAUUAUUUUCAAUAUUUUGAUUUCUCACGUUUCAAUACAAACAGUUCGCACUGAGUCUCCAAUGAUGGUAGCUGACAAAUUAAACAACUGCAGAAUGUACAUACAAAUUGACUGUUUGUCAGCAAAUAGUUAAGUGUUGUUAUGGUUCCUAUCUUUGAGUCUGAAAGUUUUCUCAUUUUCUGCAUCAUGAUAAAGUCGGUGGAGUUUCUGUUAAGAUCAACUACAAGACAAUAAUCGUGACGCUUGGACAGUAUUACAUAUAGUGCAGGUAUAAUUGCUCUUGGAAGAUCAUUAUAUUAUAACAUGCUCUUUCAUACAACUGUAAAACAUGAUGAUAUUAUUGUAAACGCUCCAGUCUGCACGCUGGUUGCAGAAUAUGUGCUUGCUUUGAGUCAGGUAUUUGUUUACUAGUAAUCGUGUUAAGUGACUAUGUAGUGUAAUAUUAAUGCUUAAGGUAUAUACCACUCCACUUUUGAUAGGGACUGGGAUCCCAGGUGGGGUCUUAUUGUGACUGAUUGAUCGGAUAUGUUGCCGUAAAAUAGUUUUCGAUAUUGCCAUGGAAAUGAAGCAUGUGCAACUUCAUUUAAUAUUGAUUUGAUAUAAAAUGUUACAUAAAUGCACAGUUCAAUAAGUUGCUGUCGCGUUAAUGUCUUAUCUGUUCAUUCUGUGACCCUUGAAGAUCCGGGUAGAAUAGGUCUUCAGCAACCCAUGCUAGCCGUAAAAGGCGACUAUGCUUGUCGUAAGAGGCGACGAACGGGAUCUGGUGGUCAGGCUCUCUGACUUGGUUGAUGCAUGCCAUCAUAUCCCAAUUGCGUGGAUCGAUGCUCAUGAUGUCAACCACUAGAUUGUCUGGUCCAGACUCGAUUAUUUACAGACCACCGCCAUAUAGCUGGAAUAUUGCUGAGUGCGGCGUUAAACAACAAACCGACCAUCCAACUGUAAAUGGGUGAAGGUUUCUGUGGUUGAGGGAGGGAAGGGUGUAACAGGGACAAGUUGAAAUAAAGUGCCUGAGAAUCAUCA